AUGCCGGGCCGACUUCUUUCCAGCCUCGUCCGCCCCUCCCUCUCUCACCACUCGAUUUUUCCUCACUCAAACUCCUCCUCAACCUCGUCCGUAAAUGAGGUCUCUCACACUUCCACACCGAGGACUCCUAGGAGCACGAAUUCCUCUCGGCCGAACUCACCAGAGCGACGUCUAUCCUUCUCAAUGGACCACUUUAUCCACACAUACCGAGACCACAACAAAGACAAACGCCGCCUCACCGGACGCGCAGGCCGCUCAAAGGAGCGCACCAGCAUUGACGAUGCUGCAGCUUCAGCUAAGCUUGAUGUCAUUGUUGAGUCUCCGCCUCUCGUCUGCUAUGGAACCCCAGCCAACUCCACCGGAGCUCUGUUUUCUGGCCGCCUCAAAAUAAAUGUUUCUGAGGUUGCGGGCAUCACGCUGGACAAGUUCGAUAUGCGCCUCAUGAUCAAGAAGACAACUAAGAAGCCUGUCUCAAGGGAUUGUCCUAACUGCGCUUCCAAGACCGAGGAAAUGACAAGCUGGGACUUCCUGACUGAACCCCUCCUUCUCAAGAGCGGUGAUCAUGACUUCCCCUUCAGCUACCUGUUCCCUGGUGAUGUUCCAGCAUCUUGCAGUAGCUCUUUGGGCCAGAUUGAAUACUUCCUCCAAGCACACGGACGCAACAUCAACGGUGAAGAGUACAAAUUCAAGAUGCCUCUACACGUGAGGCGUGCAAUUCUUCCCGGCAACGACAAGUCCUCGAUUCGAAUCUUCCCGCCCACCAACCUGACCGGCCGCAUUGUACUUCCAUCCGUCGUUCACCCCAUUGGAACCUUCCCGGUCCAGAUGACUCUGAGCGGAGUCCUGGACAAGGGGGAUGAGACCCAGACACGUUGGCGGCUGCGCAAGAUGAUGUGGCGAAUCGAAGAGCACCAGAAGAUCGUUUCCACGGCUUGCGCUAAACACACCCACAAGAUUGGUGGCGAAGGGAAGGGCGUUUUGCACCAGGAAACUCGGAUCAUCGGCCACAACGAGGAGAAGGAUGGCUGGAAGUCUGACUUCGACACUGCUGGAGGCGAGAUCAGCAUGGAGUUUGAAGCCAGCAUCAACCCUACAUCCAACCCAGUGUGUGACCUUGAGGCUCAAGGUGGACUCGAAGCGAGGCACAACCUAGUCAUCGAAUUGAUUGUUGCGGAGGAGUUCUGCCCUAACCGCAACACCAGACUCAUCACACCUACGGGGGCAGCACGCGUCCUUCGUAUGCAAUUCAACCUACACGUCACCGAAAGAAGCGGACUCGGUAUUAGCUGGGACGAAGAAAUGCCACCAGUAUACGAGGAUGUUCCUGCCAGUCCUCCUGGCUACGCUAUGCUCGAUGGGGGCAGCACCAUGGAGGAUUACCAUGGCUCUCCUCUGCCGACUCCGGAUUAUGAAGAGUUGGACCGAAUGGACUCCCUUCGACUGGAUACCACCUCCACCAAUUCUUCCUGUCGUGGACGAGGCCGACUGACUACCGACGAUUUAACCACUGAGCCGCUGGAAAUCGGAAGUCGAAACCGAGUUCCAUCUGCAGACUCUCAACAACCCUAA